CCUCACCGGUGACCAGCCACCACACAAUGCUUCCGACCACGGCGGCCGCCUCAGCGCCUCCGCCGCUACCUGCCCCGGCGCCUGGCGAGCCGCACGCUGCCCUCUUCCUUGCCCUGGGCUACAUGCGCCUGCCCGAGCUGCUGGCCUGCUGGCGCGUGUGCCGCCUCCUCGGCGAGGCCGUCGCGGGGGACACCCUCCUGUGGCGUCGCGUCGCGGUGGAGCCGCCUCUCAGCAACCGGGUGACCGACGAAAUCCUCGCCAAGUUGACCGCGAGGGCGGAGGGGACGCUGCGGUCUCUGCACCUCGUCGGGUGCUUCCGCGUCUCUGACGCUGGCCUGCUCCGCGUCGUCGAGCAAAAUCCCCGCGUCACCGAGCUCUAUGUGCCCACAUGUACAGGCUUGACUGGUGAUGGGGUGGUGAAAAUUGUUCAGCUUCUGCAUGAACACAAGGGAAAUAUAGACCAUCUCCGACUCAAUGGUAUUAGCAGGAUGAGUAAGCAUCAUCUUGAUGUUAUUAUGUCUCUGAUGUCCAAAGGUAACCCACAAGUACAGCAAGAUAGAAGCCCACUCUUCUACAACCAUAGAGCCCACGAAGUGCUGAACACCAAUGAUGAACGCCCUAUUGAUGUUGAUGUCUGCCCAUUGUGCACAAACGUCAGGCUUGUGUUUGAUUGUACGAAGGAUGAAUGUAGGAAAGUGAAGCAUAGCUUGCUGCGGUGUCGAGGCUGCUACUUCUGCAUUACUAGAUGCGAAAAAUGUGGUGCCUGUAUCAGUUCGGAGGAUCGAACCGAGGCUGAUCUUGCUUGCUCAGACUUUAUGUGCUUGGAUUGUUGGCUUACGCAUGCAAAAUGUAGCAGCUGCAACCGGCCUUACUGUGAGCGGCAUGAAAAUUUGAUGGUCCCUUUGUCAAUGCCUGGCCAGUUUUCAUGCCAGCGUUGCGCGGAGCUCGGUGCAUCACUGGAGAGUCAGGAAGAUGGCUAUUAGAAGGCUGAACAUACUAUGAUGCUGAAUUAUCUACUGAUAUUCAUCAGAUGAAGCGCCUGCAGAUUUCAUGAAGCCGUGCAACUUAUUGUCUGUCCAAUGGUUGCAACUUAUUGUCUGUCCAAUGGUCGCAACUUAUAUAUGCCAAUGAACGCCUUAAUUUUGC